AUGUUAAUAACGUGCUUAUUUUCGCUAAGUGCUAUUUUGGCACCAGUGUUAGUUGCAAUUUAUAUUCUGCAGCAUUUGAUGCUGGGAAAAGAACCCACCCUAAUGGUCCCCAAUUGGCAGAGCUGGGCUGUUAAGCGACGGACCAUAUGCUGCCUGCUGGAGGAGCGUGGUCAGCACUUGUCCCUGUGCCUGUGUGUGUGUGCCUGCGUGUGUGUACCUGCGUGCACGUGUGCCUGCAUGUGUACCUGUGUGCACGUGUGCCUGCGUGUACCUGUUUGCAUGUGCCUGUGUUUGUGUGCCUGCGUGCAUGUGCCUGCGUGCUCGUGUACUUGCGUGCACCUGUGCCUGCGUGUGUGUACCUGUGUGCCUGUGCCUGUGUGUACCUGUGUCCUGUGUGUGUGUGCGUGUGAGUCGCAUCUUCUGUGUGUGUGUGUGAGGGAGAGACGGGGUUGGAGGGAAGGUGGAGAGAGGGUAUUUAUCCCUUUGUUCUUAAAAAGGGAGAGCCCUGACCUCUCUGGCUGUCCCCUUCUGCCUGUGCCCCAAGCUCACCCCAGACCUAGCUGUUAUUUCUUCUCCUGACUCCCUCCCCAGCCCUGUGGUCCUGUGGCCUGUGACCCAGCAGCCCUGUGGCCUGCAGCCUCCACCCUGCCGCCUGUUCCACAUCACCAAGACACAUAGGCCACCACGGGGCUUCUGAAGGUGGCCCAGGGAAGGCACUUGAGCCUGAGGACCCAGAGGAAAGGUGCCUUUCUGGGCCUCAGGUUCUCCUCACUGCUUUGAGAGGCUUUUCUCAUUUUCAAGGGCUGGUCCAGCCCAGGGGAGCUGGGUAAGGGCCGCUUCCUUCUGCAGCAGAGGGGCCGGGCUCUAUCCCUGCCAUUAGAUGUCCCCAGAAGACAUGAGCCUGAGAGGCUCUUUCUUCAAGAGGCCCUCCCGGGACCUGUGUGUUCACAGGACAGGAGGACACUCACUGCUUCGACCCAGGACUGUGGCUGGGAGGGGCUGAGCUCCUCUGGUGCUGAGAAACAAGCGAGGGGUGCCCGCCACCUGGGCAGUGCCUUCCCUCAGCUACUCCCUGUGCCCAGACCCAGAGCCACAGGACUUUUUGCCAAGGGAACUGGGGCUGGGCUAAGGCUUGGGCCUGGGGUCUCACAGAGCGGUCAGGCAUAGAGCAGUAGGGCUGCAACAGCCGAGGGCCAGGCCCCUGCUGGCUGACGAGGCUCUAGAACAGUGCCGUGGCCUCGGCGGGGCAGUGCUAGCGAUGCUCCUGCCAGGGUGGAUGGUGCCGGAGGCCUUGGUAGCGGGGGAGCCUCCUCCAUUCCCCAGCAGGCAGUGCCAGGACAGCCUCCCACCUCCUCUUGCCCUGUUAUCUGCUCGUUUUAGGAUCUGAAAAUUACAGAGCUCUUUUUUGGAAGGGAAUCUUGCUCUGUCACUGAGGCUGGAGUGCGAUGGCAAAAUCUCUGCUCACUCACUACAACCUCCAUCUCCCAGGUUCAAGUGAUUCUCCCGUCUCUGCCUCCUGAGUAGCUGGGAUUACAGGCGUGAGCCAUCAUAACCCUGCUAAUUUUUGUAUUUUUGUAAAGACAGGGUUUCACUAUGUUGGUCAGGCUGGUCUUGAACUCCUGACCUCAGGUCCACCCGCCUCUGCCUUCUGAAGUGCUGGGAUUACAGGCAUGAGCCACCACGCCCAGCUCAUUACAGAGCUUGUAAGAAAACAUGAGGAAUUCAUGGACCAGGUGCCAUGAUGAAACGUGGGGCCACUAAACCAGAGACAAAGACGUUGGCCACCCCUGUGGACAGGGGUUCUCAGUAGCCUUCGCCACGAUGCUGGGGGUUCCUUGUGAUGGUCAUGAAUCUCAUUAACACUUGGGGGUGUGGGAUUCAAGGUAGAAGUUUCUAGAUCUACUGGGCAUGAUGAACACAUAUCCCAGAGACACUGAAGAACCCGGUGGUGGCAGUGAAGCAGGCUGCCUGUCACCGGGGCCACUCUACUCUCUAAAGCUCCUUCGAGAAACAAGGAAGGGGCCUGGCAUGGUGGCUCACACCUCCCAUCCCGGCACUUUGGGAGGCUGAGGCAGGAGGAUCCAUUGAGCCCAGGAGUUCCAGACCAGCUUGCGAAACAUAGCAAGACUCCAUCUCUACAUAAAAUUAAAAAAAAAAAUUAGCUGAGCAUGAUAUAUGUGACUGUGGUCCCAGCUACUCAGGAGGCUGAGGCAGGAGGAGGGCUUGAGCCCAGGAGUUAAAGGUUGCAAUGAGCCAAGAUCACAUCACUGCACUCCAGCCUGGGCCACAGAGCAAUACCCUGUCUCAAAAGACAGAAACGCUGAAGGGGUUGGUUUAUAGGCAGACCCCAGGUCAGGACACCUGGCUACUGCCACCCCAGACCAGAGGACCCAGGAAUGAGGGUUGGUCCUGGGAGGCUUCUCUCCAUGCUGUAGCCACCAGACCUGCCUUGCAGGGAGUGAGCUGGAGCCUGGACUGCUGUGUUGGUGAUGUGUCCUGGGUGGGGGUGGGGGAGUGUGCAAGGGUGUGUGUAUGUGCUGGGGUGGGGGUGUUCACAGGCAAGUGUGUGUCUGACCCUCCCCUGCAGCCAUUGGUGGUAUCUUCCCCCCGCUCCUUUGCCACCCUCUGCCCAUUGCCCAGCCACAUGAGACUGCCCAGAGAUAGCAGAACUCCCGGUAUUUUUAAGGCGAGGCCUUUCCCUUUCCCUGGCCCCAGGGGUCUCGCCGUAUCUCAUGACCAGGUGCUAAAUGACCCUACGUGCGUCACCUGCCUUUUGAUGACCAACCCCCCUCCCCCCCGUCCUUGUCCCGCUGACUUGCCACGUGGCAUCUCAUGGUGAUGCCUGCUCCUGACUUCGGUGUUCACUGUAGCAAACUGCAUUCUGGAUGGGAAUUUUCAUGUACGUGUGUGGCAUGUGGAAAAUUUCAAAUAAAAUGGACUUGAUUUAGAAAGCCA